UCAGGCGCUGAGGAUUGUUGUGAUUCAUGUGUCUCUACACCAUGUUUAUGGAACUCUGACAUCUGCAUCCUUCGCGAGUACGCAAGGACAGUAGCUCAGAUAGCCCUGGAGGUGAUACUUCUAGAAGUCCAACACCUGCAGGAUGUGCGAGGAGGGUAGUUCAGAAGUCCCGGCGAAGCCAUUCCUUCGAUCCUCCGGGGUGCUGUCUGUCUGACAGGGAAGAGGUCUCCUGAAGGGCGGGUGACACCUGCCUCGCAAUUCAGCGCUGCCUCACUUUCGCCUCCUUUCUUAUGACACCUGAAAUUGGAGAGACAGUUCAACAAUUUGGUUCAUAAAAAAGAAAAAGGACUGAGGAGAAUGCUUCUCCAGUCAUGGCAAAACUGGACUUAGAAGAAGGAAGAUGUCUAGUGAGAUUUAAAGAAACUCAAGUGUUCCUCGGACUAAGUCAAAAGUUUUUUAAAUCGAAAGUCUCUUAAGGUGGAGUAACCAUAAUGGGAGGGAGCUUAUCUGGCCAGUGAAAAAUAGCAAAUGUUUAAAUGCACAGUAAGGUCCUCCUGUCGUGAGAUCCAAGAACAUGGUGGUUUCACUUUGUUUUGUUGAUUAGAGGAAGUAUGUCACAAAACCAUGCUCUUGACUUAUAAUUUUGUUUUUACCAGUUUGCUUUAUUGCUUACCCAAAUCCUCAAGACGGUGUCUUCUGAGCAAUACAGACCUUAAAAUGCUAACCACCAUAGCCCACUUGGAUCAUAAGCAAAUGAAAGGAAGCUACUGUGUUGUUGGCAAGACUAGAAACAAGUUGCACAUGAGUAAAAUUUACAAAACAUCAAACUAUGCAGAAAACUCCAACUGGAACAAAAAUUCUGGAGUUUUGGACAUACACUCAAAUUCUGUGGAUCUUCAGGAUGAUAGAGAGAAGCAAAGUAAUGUUGAACAGCUACCUAUAGAACUUAUUCUUCAAAUUUUCAGUAUGCUGGAUAUACAGAGUUUAUCCAAUGCUUCAGUGACAUGCAAGGGAUGGAAUCACAUAAUAACAUUAAAUGACUCCUUAUGGAAGAGACAUUGUAUUGCUUUAAAAUCUGUGUGCCCAAGAGAAAUAGAUAAUGAUAUUAAAAAGGGGGAUUUGUCCUGGAAGGAAAUACUAGUGAAGAGUUACCGUACGAGCCAAGUGAAAUGUGAAUGGCUAAGUGGAAGAUACAGCAAUAUACAAUCUCCUGACGAUUUAUCAGGAAUAUUCAUGUGCGAGUUGGAUGCAGAUACAUGGGGUGAAAUUCUAGAUGAAGAACUAAAAAGAAAACAAUAAUAAAUAGGGGCUGGGAGAUUCCUACUCUGGAAUUUUCCUCUCCCUCUCUGUCCUCCUCUCUCAAUUUCUCACUGUCCUAUCAGAUAAAAUGGGGAGGGGAGAAGGAAAAUGGCUGCCAGGUACUGUGGCUCCAUAGUUACAGCACUGAACCUCAGUGAUAACCCUGAAGGCAAAAAAAAGAAACGAUAGCUAAUAUACUUUCAGUUUUCACUUGAGAUGGAAAAGGUAUAUCUAAUAUACUUUCA